GACUUCGAGCUUAGAGAUGAAGCCAACAGACCUUGGUGGAAAUUCUUUGAUGACUUCGAAUACCGAUUCAAUUCUAAAGUCAGAAGCAGACAGAGCCGUUUCCGUUGGGGUGAAAAGAACAUGCCUUUCUUGGAAAAGAAGCUUUUGAUAAAGUUGAAUAUUCUCAUUACCCUUUAUUCAUUUGUGGGUUACUGGGUGAAAUACUUGGACCAAGCUAAUAUUACCAAUGCCUACGUUUCAGGGAUGCGAGAAGAGAUCGGUAUGGCUCAAAACGAUUACAUCAAUGCUCAGUCCAUGUACAAUGCUGGGGCUGUUAUUUUCCAGGUGUUCUUCAUGUACCUUUUGCCUAGAGUUCCUCUUCACUAUUUAAUUGGUGGUUCUGAACUCAUUUGGGGUUUCAUCACCUUAGCACAUUAUGCUGUACAGACUCCAACCCAACUUUACGCUCUUAGAUUCUUGGUUGGGGCUGCUGAAUCUGGUUAUUUCAUCCUUUGGCAUUUCUGUUUUUCUAACUAUUUCCUUCCUACAGAACUUGGGCUUGUUGGAGGAUUCUACUAUUGUGGUCAGAUGCUUGGUUACUUGACGAGUGGUUUGAUUGCCGGGCAGACUUCUGCUACAAUGGAAGGAGUAGGUGGUCUAUCCGGAUGGCGCUGGUUGUUCAUAAUUGAUGCCAUCAUUACAAUUCCUGUUGCUUUACUUGGUUUUAUCAUGAUUCCGGGAACCCCCUACAACUGUUACUCAAUUUUCUUGACUGAUGACGAAGUCAGAUUGGCUAGAUCAAGAUUGAAGAAGGCUAAUAUUUCCCCUGCUUCUCCCAACCCACCUCCUUUCUUCAGUAAGAAAGUGUGGAAAAAUAUUAUUUUUGAUUGGAGAAUCUAUAUCUUAUCAGUUCUUGAUUACUGCUUUUGGUCAUCGAACCAAAAUACUGGCGGUGGCAUUGCGUUGUGGUUGAAAGCAGAUAAGAGCUACAGUAUCCCUACAUUGAAUAGACUUACUUCAAUUCCUCCAGCCCUAGGAAUUUUGUUCAUUCUUUUGGUAAAUAUUGGUGCUGAUAUCUAUAAAUCGCGUGUUCUCUCCAUCUCUUGGGCCUAUUCCCUAAACCUUAUUGGAAAUGUGAUUCUUGCAAUCUGGGAUGUACCGGAUUCGGCAAAGUGGUUUGCGUUCAUGUUGGGGUAUAUGUCUAUUACUGUUAGUUCUGUGAUCUAUGGUUGGAUGAAUGAUAUCAUGAGACACGACGCUCAGGAAAGAGCCAUCGUUCUUCUCUUCACGAACUUAUUUUCGCAGCAAUUUAGAGCCUGGCUAGACAGAAUCGUCUUCCCUACUGUUGAUGCCCCUAGGUAUCAUACCGGGUACGUCUACGCAAGCUGUCAUACAGCAGGCACGGUGGUUAUGGCAUUUGUGACUUUGUGGUUCUACAAGCGCCAGGAGAAAAAGGACGCUAAGAAAAAUGGAAUUCUCUUGUAUGACAGCACCAAG